AUGCAACCCGCCGCCAGCAUAUUCACAGGUAUUCCAGUGAUAGACCUCUCAGACCUUUCUUCCUCAAAGACUCUCCUAGUUGAAGCCUGUCAAGAGUUUGGCUUCUUCAAGGUGAUCAACCAUGGAGUCUCCAAGGAGCUCAUGAUCAAAUUAGAGGAUGAAGCCACCAAGUUCUUCAACCUGCCACUCAAUGAAAAGGAAAAAGCUGCUUCACCUAACCCCUUAGGCUACGGAAACAAGAGAAUUGGCCGGAAUGGUGAUAUGGGUUGGGUUGAAUACCUUCUCUUCAGCGCCAACACUCGACUUAUUUCCCCCCUUCUUUAUUUUUCCAUGAAAGCCCAGAAAAUUUCAGGCAAGAAUAUCAACACUCAACUCUUGGAGUUGAAUAGAAACCAUUAA